CCUCAGACGGUUAAUAUGUUGGUUGUUUUAUGUGUUUGUCUGUUUGUCGCGGUACAAGGUCAUAGUCAACCAGUUAACGAUGCGGACAUGGAAACAGCGCUCAUGCCGCAAGAACUCAACCCAGCCUUCGUGUCGAGAAAGGACGAGCCGUGGCGCGCCGUGAUGCCGGUAACACGUCGCCGCCGCUUCACAGAGUUGUCGAGCAACACAAGCGUUGCUGAGCAAGUGAAGCGGUACAGUCGCAUCGUGGCUUGCGUCGUUCUCGCUAUGUCGGCCCUUGUUGAAAUUGUUUUGUACUUUAUCGAGUUUUACUAUGAGAGCUGAAUAAAUGUUUAUGCUUAUUUAAUAA